CUGUAGGAAGCGACCAGCGUCAGUCGCCAACUGAACAGCACACGCUCUGUAGUCUAUAUUUAUUUCAGAGAAACAUUCCAAAUUCGAAACCAUUGCGCGUUCGAUAUAAAAAAUAAAAAGUUCAGUGCACAGAUGCAAAAUGACAGUUCAGAAACCGUAAAAACAUAAUGUGAUUAAAUAUAAAGCGGGCGGAACCUGGACAAACAGCUAGUAUAUACUAAAAUGCAACCGAUGCACCGAUGACGUCACUGACGAAAAUAUUUUUCAAGGCAUUCGCUUCAAGUGUUAUUUUCAUCUCUGGUGCUUAAAGGUUCACGACAAAAUAAAAUAAAUCUAGGACAAAAUGGCGCUGCCAAUGUUGCGCCACUGCUGCGGGUGCUUGUCCUUAGAGAGAGGAUGUCUUGUACUCGGAAUUGUUUCUAUUCAAGCAUGCGUGCUUUACAUAAUAGCGGGGUCAUGGAACCUGCCAAACCACAGAGAGAGGGAAAGAGAAGAUAAUCUGAUCUCAAUGACGAUGGUGAUGUUCUCCACCCUGUCUGCUAUUAGCAACCUGGUGGUGCUUAUUGGGAUUUGUAGGAGACGACCGAACUACCUGCAGCUAUCCCUCCUCUUCAACUCAGUGUUCAUCCUAUGCAUCUUCCUGGUAGCGGGCGUCACUUGCCUGUUCAGCCCGGAGUUCAGGCCCGUGCUGCAGUCGCCAGGCAAUGUGACCCUGGUGGUCGUGUCGCUUGUACUUGGCGCAGCUUAUUCGCUAUACUACCUGAUCGUCGUAAACAGUCUGUAUAGAAAGAUGAAAAUGUCCUACAGUGAAACGGCUCUGCCCAUGUGAUUGACUUUUAGUGCCUUAUUUAUACUUUUGUAAUGCUAUGUGUAUGUGUAAAUAAACUAUUUAUUUAAAUUAA